CGUUAUGUUGUUUUUAUCACGUGGUUUCAUCUAGCGCGGUGGGUCCUGCGCGAUUACGUCACCAGGCGUGCACUAUUUAAAUGGCGUUCAUGGGCUUCGCGAUUAUGAAUCAGUGCGCGUGCGGGUCAGAGGUGAGGCGCAACACAUCAUGCCUCCGUUUGAGAAAACGCAACAUCCCAAACCUUUCAAACAGAGGAAGAGUUUAGCCACUAGGAAGCAAGAGGUGGCGGGAAUACGGACCAAGUUUCCCACAAAAAUUCCGGUAAUUAUUGAAAGAUAUCAGAGAGAAAAGUAUCUACCGCCUCUGGACAAAACCAAGUUUCUGGUCCCUCAAGAACUCACCAUGACUCAGUUCGUCACUAUCAUAAGGAAUCGAAUGACUCUGAUGCCCAAUCACGCUUUUUACCUGCUCAUCAAUAACUCCGGCAUCGCCAGCAUGUCUCUGACCAUGGCUCAGCUCUAUAAGGACUAUAAAGAUGAGGAUGGGUUUCUCUACAUGACAUACGCCUCACAGGAGAUGUUCGGACACUCUGAGAAUGUCAUGUAUGGUCAUAGGUGAAAUGUUGAGAUUGUUUCGGGGAACAGUGGGUAAAAAAACACAGUUAAAGGUAGAACUGUUUAGUAUUUAAAGUCAUGUACAUAGUGUUAGAUUUUUAGAUAUACUAUUGCCUUUUGUAUUGUGUGUUUUAAUUGUAAUAAAUUCUUUAAUUCUUGCACGAGUCACUGCAGGUGAGGGGGUGUCUGUAUGGGGCACAUACAUUCAAACUGUCUUUAAAUAUGCCUGAAAAAUUAAAUGAGUAAAAAAAUAAAUUUAAGUAGCCCAUUGGUGAAAAAUAAAAUGUAGUGUUUGCUGAA